GAGAAAGCAUAGUGCCUCUGUGAAUAAAAGAAAAACGGUAAAUUAUUGAAAGAGGAAAAACAUUUUCCCACUCUCUAUACGUACAAAUCAUUAUAUCUACACAUAGAGAGAGAAAAUCUGCAUCCUCGUUUCUGUUUUGUACUAAUCGAUGUUGUAUUUGCAUAUGCACCCUCCGGCGAAAAAUGUCCGAAUCUGAAUCCAACAUUCCGUUGCUGCUCCGAUCUCCGUUUGAUUCCUAAACCUAAAUCGGAUUGCUUUUUUCAAUGAAGUGAAAACAGGAACCGGAAUAGCAAAAUUAGUUGUUGUUUUGUGAGGUUUCUUCUUAUUAUAUUGCUGUUGCUUUCAUUUCUGAUUUCCCGAGUGUUGGAGAAAAAAUGGACGGUGGUGGCGGUGGCGGUGGUGGAGAGGUGGCAUCAGCUGCGGCGCCGCUCGACUGGAAAUUCUCUCAGGUCUUCGGCGAGAGGACGGCCGGCGAGGAAGUGCAAGAAGUUGAUAUCAUAUCAGCAAUUGAGUUCGAUAAAACAGGUGACCAUCUAGCCACUGGUGACCGUGGUGGAAGGGUUGUGUUAUUUGAAAGGACUGACUCAAAAGAGCAUGGGCGGAAUCGUAGAGACUUAGAGAGGAUGGACUGUUCAGUUGGUCGGCAUCCUGAGUUCCGCUACAAAACUGAAUUCCAGAGCCAUGAACCUGAGUUCGAUUAUCUCAAAAGUUUAGAGAUCGAGGAGAAAAUCAACAAGAUUCGCUGGUGUCAGGCAGCUAAUGGUGCUCUGUUUCUUUUGUCUACUAAUGACAAAACCAUCAAAUUUUGGAAGGUCCAAGAGAAGAAAGUCAAAAAGAUUUCUGAUAUGAAUGCGGACACAUUUAAAGGUUCUGGAAAUGGUAGCAUUGCAAGUUCCAGUGUUUCUUCUGGUCCGAAGCAAGGUGUUCCUAAUGGAAGCUAUCCUGACCGAUCUAACAAUUCAUUGGGCAAGGACUUGUCCUUUCCACCUGGGGGCAUCUCCUCCCUGCGGUUACCAGUGGUCGCAAGCUAUGAGACAAAUCUUGUUGCAAGAUGUAGGAGAGUAUAUGCCCAUGCACAUGAUUACCACAUUAAUUCUAUCUCAAAUAACAGUGAUGGUGAAACAUUUAUAUCAGCUGAUGACCUGCGGGUUAAUCUUUGGAACUUGGAAAUAAGCAAUCAAAGUUUCAAUAUUGUUGAUGUGAAACCCUCAAAUAUGGAAGAUUUAACGGAGGUGAUCACAUCAGCAGAGUUUCAUCCUACUCAUUGCAACACGUUAGCAUAUAGUAGUUCAAAAGGAUCAAUUCGUCUGAUUGAUCUGAGGCAGUCUGCCUUAUGUGAUUCACAUUCUAAGCUAUUUGAGGAACAUGAGGCACCCGGAUCGAGAUCCUUUUUCACUGAGAUAAUUGCUUCAAUAUCAGAUAUUAAAUUUGCAAAGGAUGGCAGAUACAUACUCAGUCGCGAUUACAUGACCCUUAAGUUAUGGGAUAUUAAUAUGGAUUCUGGUCCAGUGUCGACUUUCCAGGUUCAUGAAUAUUUGAGACCAAAGUUAUGUGACCUGUAUGAAAAUGAUUCCAUUUUUGACAAAUUCGAGUGCUGCUUGAGUGGUGACGGCCUUCGAGUGGCAACUGGUUCUUACAGCAAUCUUUUCCGUGUAUUUGGUUGUGCUCCUGGGAGUACGGAGGCUACAACACUGGAAGCCAGCAAAAACCCGAUGAGAAGGCAGGUCCAGACCCCAUCAAGGCCUUCCCGAUCACUGGGCAGUAGCAUCACCCGUGUUGUCCGAAGAGGUGCAGAGAGUCCGGGAGUUGAUGCAAACGGGAACUCCUUCGAUUUCACCACAAAGCUACUCCACUUGGCGUGGCAUCCCUCCGAAAACUCAAUCGCCUGUGCUGCUGCAAAUAGCCUGUACAUGUACUAUGCAUAAAACUAAGCUCCUCCGCCACGGAUUGAGGCGCUUCCAUUUUCUCACGUCUAUCGCUGUCAGGGUCCCAAAGUGGUCAUACGUAGAAUUUCACAAGAGAGCAGAUAUGUCGUUGCACCUCCGCAAAAAAAAACUGCUUCCUUCUCCAUCUUUUCCUACCUUCACCUUCUAAAUUUCUUUUAUUUUUUACCCCCCUCUCAAAGAGAAAGAUGCAGCAAUCGUCUCACCACCGGUGCUGGAUAGAAGCCGGGAAGGAACGCGAUUGCAGCUCUCCUCCUCAAACAGGAAGGUGUCAUAUUGCCUCUAGUUUUUUAAGGUAAAUGUAGUUUUUACUUGAAAUCUUGCUGGAGAGGAGCAGUUGAUGCUAAAUUUCAGGGAAGUUUUAUUAACUUGGAUGGAUCUCUCUUUUGUAGGAUAUUUCCCUUUUUUGGAUAUAGAGUUUUUGUUGAAAUUUCUUUUGUAAAAGUAUUGAACAUCUGGGUUCUAUUAAUUUGUACAAUAUUUUUCAUGUGCA